UAAAAUACUAAACCCUAACCCCAGACAUUUCCUCGUUGUUGCAUUACCGACCUCCUUAUCCAUAGCAGGACACUAUCAUCUCGCUCAAAAAGCUUAGAGAAGGAAAUGGCGUCUGCUAAUGCAUUCACAUCAGCUUCGAUUAUAUCCGCUCCUAGACAGAGAGGUUUGAGGAGAGGAAAUCAAAAGUACAGCCAAAGGCUGAAUUACAGGCAAUCAAGCAGCCGGUUUUCGGUGAGAGCUAAUGCAAAGGAAAUUGCCUUUGACCAGAGCUCAAGGUCUGCACUUCAGUCUGGAAUUGAUAAGCUUGCAGAUGCAGUUGGUCUCACUCUAGGGCCUAGGGGGAGGAAUGUUGUUUUGGAUGAAUUUGGAAGUCCUAAAGUAGUUAAUGAUGGAGUUACAAUUGCACGAGCUAUCGAGCUGCCUGAUGCCAUGGAAAAUGCAGGUGCAGCCCUUAUUAGGGAGGUUGCUAGUAAAACUAAUGACUCUGCUGGUGAUGGAACAACAACUGCAUCAGUUCUUGCACGUGAAAUAAUUAAACUAGGACUUCUGAGUGUCACUUCCGGUGCAAAUCCUGUUUCAUUAAAGAGGGGGAUUGAUAAAACAGUGCAAAAGUUGGUUGAAGAACUAGAGAAGAAAGCUCGACCCGUGAAAGGUCGUGAUGUUAUCAAAGCUGUUGCAUCCAUCUCUGCUGGAAAUGACGAGCUUAUCGGGACAAUGAUUGCUGAUGCCAUUGACAAGGUUGGGCCUGAUGGUGUUUUGUCUAUUGAAUCAUCAUCCUCGUUUGAGACAACAGUUGAGGUUGAGGAAGGAAUGGAGAUUGACAGAGGCUACAUCUCCCCUCAAUUUGUUACAAACCCCGAGAAAUUGAUUUGUGAAUUUGAGAAUGCUAGGGUAUUGGUAACAGAUCAAAAAAUUUCAGCAAUAAAGGAUAUAAUUCCCCUACUAGAAAAGACCACUCAGUUGUCAGCUCCUUUACUCAUAAUUGCUGAGGAUGUUACUGGAGAAGCUCUGGCUACUCUUGUUGUCAACAAGCUUCGGGGUAUCCUUAACGUUGCUGCUAUAAAAGCUCCAGGUUUCGGUGAGAGGAGGAAGGCUCUGCUUCAGGACAUUGCAAUUUUGACUGGAGCCGAGUUCCAAGCUAGUGAUCUGGGCUUGCUUGUGGAGAACACCUCAAUUGAGCAGCUUGGUAUUGCCAGAAAGGUGACCAUUGCCAAAGACUCUACCACCCUUAUUGCUGAUGCUGCAUCAAAGGACGAGUUACAAGCCAGGGUAGCGCAAUUAAAGAAAGAGCUCUCUGAGACUGAUUCUGUGUAUGACUCAGAGAAACUUGCUGAGAGAAUUGCGAAAUUGUCUGGUGGUGUUGCUGUUAUCAAAGUAGGGGCUGCUACGGAGACGGAGCUUGAAGACCGCAAACUACGUAUUGAGGAUGCAAAAAAUGCAACAUUUGCUGCCAUUGAAGAAGGCAUUGUCCCUGGUGGUGGUGCCGCCUUGGUUCAUCUCUCAACAUAUGUUCCCACAAUUAAGGACAAGCUUGAAGAUGCAGAUGAACGACUAGGUGCUGACAUUGUGCAGAAGGCACUGUUAGCUCCAGCCUCAUUAAUAGCUCAAAAUGCUGGAGUUGAAGGAGAGGUGGUUGUAGAGAAGGUGAAGGAUGCGGAGUGGGAAAUCGGUUACAAUGCCAUGACAGACAAAUAUGAGAACCUGGUGGAUGCUGGAGUUAUUGACCCAGCAAAGGUAACAAGAUGUGCGCUGCAAAAUGCAGCAUCAGUUGCAGGGAUGGUCUUGACCACUCAGGCUAUUGUUGUGGAGAAGUCGAAGGCGAAGACUCCUGCAGCUGCUCCUUCACAAGGCCUUAUGGUGUGAUCAUUAAGAGGUGCAGGUUAGGGUUUUUGAAGAUUAUAAAUUGAAAGAGAAAAAAUGCUUAGCAUGAUCAUUUUAUGGUGUUAUAACAUGAGCGUCGAACAUUGCAGUUUGAAUGGAACCCGAGCAAAAUAGUCUAGAGAUUGUCUUUGGAAUUAGAGCUUGCAUACAAAGAGGUCAUUUUGACAUGAAUUCUGUUGCUUCUCUUCUACAAUUUCUUGUCUUGCUGAAAUUUUGCUGGUCUGGUGUAAGUGAAAAAAGAAAACAAUAAACAUUAGAAGCUUGUAUUCUAAGCGAUCGUUCUAGUUAUAUCUUGCUUAAUGCUUAAUUUUGCUCUGUAUGCAAAAAGCCUAAUUUAAUCAA